UUCAACAGCAGCAACAGUUAGUCAGACACCUCGGUAGCUUGCAGGACAAAAUAGACGAACCAAUAAAGCUCUUUAGACGCUUUGGUGUAUAUUAGCCAUUGUGUUUUAAACACACUUCUGUCGUCUAGUUAGUUAUCUGAUUUAAUUUCAUAUUUACAUUGUUAUUGGACAGCUAGCUGACUGGUUAAGUUAGCUUUAGCCUAGCUAGCUAACUAUUAGCUAACAUCACCGACCAUGAGCUCCCUGCGCUACUCUCCUCCUGUUGGAGACGAGGAGGUCUGCUGGACAGAGAAAGAGGGUCGGUGGCUGAACAUUGUAGUGAAAGAGGAGGAGGAAGAGGAGGAUGUCACAGUAACAAAAGUGGAGGAUGUUACAGUAAAACAAGAAGUAGAGGGUGAGGAUGUUGCAGUGAAAGAAGAGGAAGACGCGUUCAGAGUGAAAGAGGAGGAUGUUACAGUAAAAGAAGAGGAAGGAGAGAUAACUGUCAUAUUGGAAGAAGAAGAAGAAGAAGAGGUUGGGGAACUGAUUAAAACCAGAGAGAGACAAGACUAUCGUGGAUCCUCUGGGGAGCCUCAACAACAUCAUGAUGCUGACGAGGCAGAGAAGAGUCUCUCCAGAGCAGAAAACUUCAAGAAACCCCAGCAGAGACCCACAGGGAAGAAAUAUCACCACUGCCCGGACUGUGGGAAGAGUUACUCAAGAUCAGAUUCACUAAAAGUACACUUGAGAAUUCACACAGGAGAGAAACCUCACUGCUGCUCUGACUGUGGGAAGAGAUUUACCUCUUCAGCAGACCUGAAAAGACAUGAGAGAAUCCAUACAGGUGAAAAACCUUAUAGCUGUAAUCAAUGUGGGAAGAGUUUCACAACAUCUAGCCAGCUGACUAUACACCAGAGAACACACACAGGAGAGAAGCCUUACCACUGCUCUGACUGUGGAAAGCGUUUUCUUAAGUCAGGACAUUUAAAAUCACACCAGAGAACACACACAGUAGAGAAACCUUAUAGCUGUGAUCAAUGUGGGAAGAGUUUUACUCACUCAAGCUGCCUGAUAGUACACCAGAGAACACACACAGGAGAGAAACCUUAUAGCUGUGAUCAGUGUGAGAAGAGUUUUGUUACUUCGAGCCGUCUGACUAUACACCGGAGAACACACACAGGAGAGAAACCUUAUGGCUGUGUUCAAUGUGGGAAGAAUUUUGUUACAUCUAGCAGUUUGAUUACACACCAGCGGACACACAGGAGAGAAAUCAAUGUGGCAAGAGAUACUCUGAUAAAAAAUCUCUGAUUUAACUAUCAGAAAAUACAGCCUUCCCGAGUGGCGCAGUGGUCUAAGGCAUCGUAGUGCGAGCUGUGCCACUAGAGAUCCUGGUUCAAGGCUCUGGGCUGAUGGAUUCCCAGUUUGGAAAGAGGGUUCAGUCAGUUUGGGAACCUAAUUGUGGAAAGACAUUUUCUUGGACACAGGACCUAAAAUAAGACAAUAUAGAUGCUGUGUUCUAACAAGUUUUUGGCUGAGAAUGUUGUUGAUGCCUGAAAACACAUGAGAGGGAACACACAGUAGAAAAGCCUUUCCAAUGUUCCACUAUGUUGUUGAUGCCAUGUGAUGUCAUGUUUGUAUGAAAAUCUUACAAACUAAAAAAAAAUAGGCCGAGUUGAGUUUUUUCCUCUCGAGACAUGAUCAUGUCUGAAAUCAGAUUAAUAUUUUAAAAAUGUGUAUUUUAUUUUAUCUUGAUUAUGGAUUUGAUUGAAUACAAGUAUGAACACUUUAGAUGUUAAUGAUAUGAUUUGGAAAGUUGUAGAUUUUAUUAAAUAGAUUUAAUAAAAUGUGUAUUUCUUGAUACACCCCCAAAGGGCCAUGUCGUGACAGUGUACUCGUCACGAUAUACACCCCAAAGGGCCACGUCGUUACAGUGCACUCGUCUUCAAACUAAAGGUGUAUGAAAAUGUGAUGACGUUGUUCUGAUAACAUUGAUAAGAGUUGUUGACAUGAAGAACAUAUUAAUAAGAGUUGAUAAGAGUUGUUGACAUGAAGAACAUAUUAAUGACGUUGAUAAGAGUUGUUGACAUGAAGUACAUAUUAAUAAGAGUUGAUAAGAGUUGUUGACAUGAAGAACAUAUUAAUAAGAGUUGAUAAGAGUUGUUGACAUGAAGUACAUAUUGAUAAGAGUUGUUGACAUGAAGUACAUAUUGAUAAGAGUUGUUGACAUGAAGAACAUAUUAAUAAGAGUUGAUAAGAGUUGUUGACAUGAAGAACAUAUUAAUAAGAGUUGAUAAGAGUUGUUGACAUCAAGAACAUAUUAAUGACGUUGAUAAGAGUUGUUGACAUGAAGAACAUAUUAAUGACGUUGAUAAGAGUUGUUGACAUGAAGAACAUAUUAAUGACGUUGAUAAGAGUUGUUGACAUGAAGAACAUACAAUGCCUUGCGAAAGUUUUCGGCCCCCUUGAACUUUGCGACCUUUUGCCACAUUUCAGUUGCAAAAUUAUUCAGCCCCUUUACUUUCAUUGCAGCAAACUCUCUCCAGAAGUUCAGUGAGGAUCUCUGAAUGAUCCAAUGUUGACCUAAAUGACUAAUGGUGAUAAAUACAAUCCACCUGUGUGUAAUCAAGUCUCCGUAUAAAUGCACCUGCACUGUGAUAGUCUCAGAGGUCCGUUAAAAGCGCAGAGAGCAUCAUGAAGAACAAGGAACACACCAGGCAGGUCCGAGAUACUGUUGUGAAGAAGUUUAAAGCCGGGUUUGGAUACAAAAAGAUUUCCCAAGCUUUAAACAUCCCAAGGAGCACUGUGCAAGCGAUAAUAUUGAAAUGGAAGGAGUAUCAGACCACUGCAAAUCUACCAAGACCUGGCCGGCCCUCUAAACUUUCAGCUCAUACAAGGAGAAGACUGGUCAGAGAUGCAGCCAAGAGGCCCAUGAUCACUCUGGAUGAACUGCAGAGAUCUACAGCUGAGGUGGGAGACUCUGUCCAUGGGACAACAAUCAGUCAUAUAUUGCACAAAUCUGGCCUUUAUGGAAGUGGCAAAAAGAAAGCCAUUUCUUAAAGAUAUCCAUAAAUAGUGUCGUUUAAAGUUUGCCACAAGCCACCUGGGAGACACACCAAACAUGUGGAAGAAGGUGCUCUGGUCAGAUGAAACCAAAAUUGAACUU